AUGAAGUCUGUCAACGUUAAUUUCAUCACCCCCGACGAGUUGUACCAACUUAUUGACUUUAAGACUGUCGACGUCACCAAAAUCCUUCCAGGAUUCGAUCCAUCAGCUGGCUUUAUGCUCACUUCGCCAGCGUAUUUCACUCCAUCGGAGGCAAACCAACAACCUACCAUUCAUUAUGACGCUCCGGAAUCUCCAAUCCAAACUCAAAUGGAGCAAAAGUCGAUCAAUCAAGUUGAAACAGGUCUAUCAAUAUUGCUUGCACAAAACCAAUCAACUCCAAUCUUUGGACCCACCGAAUGUGAUAGUUUGAUAGUCCAGUUUGAUGAGUUGAGUCUCCUUGAAGUUGAAGAAGCCGGAGACCAAGUGAGUGAGGAUGGUUAUCAAGUGAGUGAAGGUGAAUUUGAAGUAAGUGAGGAUGGUUAUCAAGCGAGUGAAGGUGAAUUUGAAGUGAGUGAGGAUAGUUAUCAAGUGAGUGAGGAUGGUUAUCAAGCGAGUGAAGGUGAAUUUGAAGCGAGUGAGUUGGACUUGGAAUUGUCAAUCAUCGAUGACAGAGAAUAUAAGUUGUGUGAAAACAUGGGUCGCUACUAUACAGUGAACGUUGUGAUGCAAGAUGAGUGUCCUUCUGUUCAACAUAUGACCUUCGGGGAGUGUCCUGCUUGGUUGACACAGCAACCAAAUCAAGUCGCGGACGAGAAGAUGACCAUCACUGAAUUUAAACAGUUGAUGAACAAGUCAAGUAACGAUUUUGUGGACAAAAAGCACAUAAACAACACAAAACCUCACAAUCUCACUGGCGUAUUUUCGAGAUAUGACAACCUCUUAGAAAGAGGAAUAAUUCCCGAACUCUGGGAAGAUGAGGGUGUGGCAGCUUACAAGAAAAAGCUUAAACGACUCGGAAUUACCAAGUCAACCACACUUUUGGGAAUUAUUUGUCCACCGGAUAGAAUACUGUAUGAACAAGAAGAUGGGGCUGACGAGGUGACAGAAGAAGACAUAGUAACAGGUGUGGACGAAGAAGACAGAGUAACAGGUGUGGACGAAGAAGACAGAGUAACAGACGUGAAGGAAGUUGGCUGGGUUCCAGCACAUGAACUGUAUGUGGAUGGAGAGGUGGGCAUCCCAUCAACACCUCAACGUGAAGUAUAUUACGUCGACGACGAAGAUGAAGAAAUCCCAAUUGUUCAUCCGCCUGUUGCAGGAGUGAGGACUGGUAACGACUUGGAAAGAGCGAGGACUCGAAAAAAGUCCAAGGUGUUCAAGAAACGAGCAAAACGACUCUUCAAGAAAUUCAAGAAGCUCUUCAAACGGAAGCCAACCUUUGAGCUGACAUGUCAAGCGUACCUCAAAUGCAUAUUUGAAGGUGGACCCAAUCCAGAUGACACGGUGGUGGAUUCUGAUGCAUCCAGUGAAUCAUUGUGA